AUGUCUGAAGAUCAUGAAAGGAUAAAUAACUUAAGAUACGAGAAUAAUGCGACUCCUUUAAAUCAGAAACCAACUUCCCCAUAUACUCUAAAUCCGCCAGUCGAGCAUGAUGGCCUCUCUUGGCCGAGUCUAGGUGCUAGAAUAAGAUCUGAAGAGGAUUCAAUAGAGGAACAGGCAAGAGUAGAUCGUAUAGGCAACGCCAUUAAAGUAAUAUUAGAAGAACUGGGUGAAGAUCCGAGUAGAGAAGGUUUACUCGACACACCACAGCGUUAUGCUAAAGCUAUGUUAUUCUUUACAAAAGGUUAUCAAACUAAUAUUAUUGAUGAUGUCAUUAAAAAUGCAGUGUUUGAAGAAGAUCACAACGAAAUGGUCAUUGUACGUGACAUUGAAAUAUAUUCCCUAUGUGAACAUCAUUUAGUACCAUUUUUCGGAAAGGUUCACAUUGGCUAUAUCCCAAAUAAGAAAGUAAUUGGUCUCAGUAAAUUAGCUCGUUUAGCUGAAAUGUACGCAAGAAGAUUGCAAGUUCAAGAACGUUUAUCCAAACAAAUUGCAAUGGCUUUACAAGAUAUUUUGAAACCAAUGGGGGUAGCUGUGGUAAUUGAAGCAACUCACAUGUGCAUGGUAUCGAGAGGUAUCGAGAAAACUGGAUCUUCUACAAUUACUUCAUCCAUGCUGGGUUGUUUUAGAGCACAUAAAACUAGAGAAGAGUUUUUAAGCCUUCUAAACAAAAGAUUUUAA